CUCAUCUUUUUUUCUUUUUUUUUUGCUUUUUCUUUAAACUUCAAUAGAGUUGCCCUGCCUUUUUCCUUCUUUCUUUAACACAUCAUCAGUGUAUCUCACUUAAUCCAAACAGCUAUUUCAACAGCCUUAUCUUUCAUAUCAUGCGUUCCCGACGGAGCCGGACCAACGGAGGCAGUGGAUCCAGGCGAUCCGAAGAGACGAAGGUCCGGACUUUUGCAUAAAGACGGGGAGCACUUUCGUAUGUAGCCGCCACUUCACACCGGAGGAUUUUGUUAGCGGAUCCACCACCAGCCGCCUUAAAAGUGGAGCUGUUCCUUCCCUGUUUGCCUGGAAUAACUUCUCUGAACCGGCAAUGAGAGAGUCUGCUUUCGAGAGGACUAAGAAACGGCAGCUUGUCCUCUCAGAAACUAGCCAGGCUGAAGAUGCUACUGCGGACCAUGACUACACGGCACAUCCACCCGCAGGUGCACUUGAUGAAGCUCUGGAUUAUAUCAAGGAGUUGGAGGCCAGACUUCAAAAAGUGGAUUUGUCUGCCACACUUUUUAGCCGCUACUGUGCCUCUGAUGACCAGAUCCGAUUCUACACCAAAUUUCCAUCUGAAUGUGUGUUUCCGGAUCUUCUGGGAGUCCAUUGCACCCUCUGCAUCAUGCCUGGUGUUCUGGACCAGAGCACAGAAACUUGGAGAGGAAGCAUGUGCUGAAGCCAGCCCUGCCUGCUGCAUGCCUCUGAUUGAUGAGUUCCUGAUGUUCUCAUUCAGGGUAGCAGUGGCCAUGAAGGAGCAGAUCAUUGCUGACAUGUUUCAAGUCAGCAUAGCUACUGUCAGCCAAGUGACCAUCACCUGGGCCAACUACCUCUUCAUUGUGUUCUCUUCCAUCAACCUGUGGAUUAGUCGUGAGAAGAUAAAAGCCAGUAUGCCUCAGAAAUUUCUGAAGUUCUUUCCAAAUGUCCAUGUCAUCUUGGACUGCACAGAAGUUGCUCUGGAAACGCCAUCAUCCCUCACCUUACAGUCUGAAACAUUCUCUGCCUACAAGAACCACACCACUCUGAAAGGGCUGAUUGGAGUUGCUCCCAGUGGGUUGGUGACAUUUAUUUCAGCGUUGUACACAGGCUGCAUCUCCGACAAAGAAAUAACGAAGGUCAGUGGAAUCCUUCCUCUGCUUGAGCUGGGAGAUGAAGUCAUGGCAGAUAAAGGCUUCCUCAUUCAAGACCUCCUUCAUAAAGUUGGAGCCAAACUCAUCAUUCCACCAGUUAGGCAUCCUGGUCAGUUCAGCAAGGAAGAGACAGAGGAGACCAGACCAUCGCUCGGCUGCGGAUCAUUGUAGAGCGAGCAAUCGCUAGAGUAAAGUGCAACCACAUCUGGGAUUCCCCGGUGCCUCUCACUUUAAUAGGAACUGUCAAUCAAAUCUGGCACAACUGUUGUGUUUUGACAAAUUAUCAAGCCCCAUUUUGUGUUGCAGACUAAAUUAUUUCUGUAUGUUAAUUGUCGUAAUGCUAUGUAAAAAGUUAAAUGUCGAGACUUUUGAAAAAAAUAUUCA